GUAAUUCUAACCUACAAUUUUUCGAAGAAAAGGGAACAAGAAUUAAUAUUUUAUAACACAAAUUUAAUCAAAAACAACUUCUUGUAAACAAAAUUUUAAAUUAUAUCCGAUAUGUCGUUACUCUCCAGAAUAAUGCCAAGUAUUCUAAACCGACUAUCUUCUGCAUCUGUUCAAUCUCCAGCUUCCUUUCAUUCGCUAACUGGAGAUAGGGCUCUUGGAGCGAACCCCGGAGGUCUGUUCGGUAUCGUUACGAGGUCCAUAGUGAGAGUGCAUUUCCCGAGGCCCUCGGAAAGGAAGAGGAUCACAGUGCACGGCUGGGAGAAGAGGAUGAAAACGGCCAGUGGUCGAAGGAUCCUCAUGAACAGAAUACUUAAAGGUCGGUGGGUGUACAGUCACUAAUUUGUAGGAAUCGUAGUAGAAUGUAAAGUGGUCGAAUAAAAGUUAGUUGUUUACCUUUUUAACGAGGCCAGCUCUGGUGC